AUGACCGUGGCCACCACAGCUGUCAAGGUGGUAACCCUGGACAUGGCCCAGGACUCUUUUGAUGACCAGUACCGGGAGUGUGGUCCUGUCAUGACUGAGGUGUUGUCAGCCCUCAACCGCUCCGACUUUGAUCAGAACCCUCUCUUUGCCCAGGCCUGGCCUAAGGCCAGAGCCAAGUGGCAGAGUCUGGGGUCCCCUGUGUCCCCUUUGUCGUCCCCAGCCCAGGCUGUCGCCCUCAUGGCCUACACGAUGAAUGAUCUGUACAAGAACUUCAACGCAGCCGUGCGUGUGGCCGGGCGCUCCCGCCAGGAAUACCAGGACAAGUUCCACUUCAAAACGCUGCAUUUCCUGCUGACCCAGGCCCUGAAGACACUGAGGGUCACUCAGGGACUGCAGUGUCACAACGUGUACCGGGGGGUGCAUGGGGUCAGGUUCAAGGCAGAGCCUGGUAACAUCAUCCGAUUCGGUCAAUUCACGUCGGCGUCCCAGAGUCAAGAAGCCUCCCAGCAAUUCGGGAUGGACACGAUGUUCCAGGUGCACACGUGCUACGGCGCAGAAAUCCGGGAAUUCUCCAACUAUCCUGGUGAGAAGGAAGUGCUGAUCCCACCCUUUGAGACCUUCAAGGUCGUCGAAGUCAGCCAGGAAGGGGACAGUGCAUGGAUCCACCUCUGGUCCAACGGGACCUUCAGCAAUUACAACUGCGAGUGGCUGGAAGAUGACGCCACAGGUGGAAGCAUCCCAAGGGCCCCUUUCCAUGUCGGCAGACUCCUCCUGGCCAGCACAGCUCUUGCAGUGGCAACAGGGAUCCUCUGA